AUGAUACGCAGGAGCGUCCCGCGCCUCUGCGCGCACAAGCAGGCGGCGCCGCCGUCAAGAUGGCUAUCGGUGCAGGCUACGACUCCUAGCACGAGACCUCACGCGAUACCGACCGCGCGGCCGCUGCCGCACUCCCUCUCCUCCUCCGCCUCCGCCUCCCCGAGGUCCCGCCCGCGACAACAUCUCUCCUCUUCGCGCCAGCGCACCCGCCCCUACCAGACCGAAGCCCCCUUCCAGUCCCUGCGCCCGCCGCCGCCGUCCUCCCUCGGCGCGCCGCGCGCCGCACGCGAGUUCCGCCGCACGCGCCGCUGGGGCCGCCGCCUGCUCGUCCUGUCCGCCCUCGGCCUGACGGGCUGGCUGCUCGACCGGCACCUGUACGCCUCGGGCGUGGGCCGGUCGCUGCGCACCUUCGGCACGGGCCUGCUCGUCGCCCUCGACUACAAGGUCAACUUCCGGCCCGAGCCGCUGCCGCUGAUCGGCGCACGGGGCGGCGUCGAGGACCUGCACCGCCGCAACGCCGAGCGCCUGUCCGACCUGCUGCGGCACAACGGCGGGCUCUACCUCAAGAUCGGCCAGGCCAUCGCCAUGCAGAGCGCCGUGCUGCCGCCCGAGUUCCAGCGCAUGUUCGCCCGCAUGUUCGACGACGCGCCGCAGGACUCGUGGCGCGACGUCGAGCGCGUCAUCCGCGACGACUUUGGCGGCCGCAGCGUGCAGGAGGUGUUUGGCGUCAGCUUCGCGGGCGAGGAAGGGAAGGGCGUCAUGGAGAGGACGGCGCGGGCGAGCGCCAGCGUGGCGCAGGUGCACUGGGCCCGGCUGCCCGACGGCCGCGAGGUGGCCAUCAAGAUCCAGAAGCCCGAGAUCGCCAAGCAGAUCGGGUGGGAUCUCUGGGCCUUCAAGGUCGUGACAAAGAUCUACACGUACUGGUUCGACCUGCCGCUCUACACCCUCGUGCCCUUCAUCACCGAGCGCCUCAUGCUCGAGACGGACUUCAUCAACGAGGCCAAGAACUCGGAGACGAUGCGCGAGCUCGUCAUGGCGGAGCCGUCCCUGCGCGGCCGGGUCUACGUGCCGACCGUCUACCCGGAGCUCUCGUCGAAGCGGGUGCUGACGACGGAGUGGAUCGAGGGCGUGCGGCUGUGGGACAAGACGGCCCUGACGCAGCAGUGGCUCGGCGGGCGCGGCAAGGGCUCGAUGGGCGUGCACGGCGAGCAGCUGCCCAGCCCGGACAUGGACGCUCUGCGCGCGCGGCUCCGGUCCUCGCCGGCCGACGCCACGCUCAAGCCCGAGCGCGCCGAGUGGCGCGGGCCCCGCGGCCGGGGCGGCCUCGGCGUGUCGACGCGGGACGUCAUGACGACCAUGGUCGACCUCUUCUCGGCGCAGAUCUUCAAGUGGGGCGUCGUCCACUGCGACCCGCACCCGGGCAACAUCUUCAUCCGGCGGCUGCCCUCGGGCCGCCCGGAGCUCGUGCUCAUCGACCACGGCCUCUACGUCUACAUGUCGGACAAGUUCCGGCGCGAGUACGGCCAGUUCUGGAAGGCGCUCAUGACGUUUGACAACGCGACCAUCGCGCGCAUCUGCGGCGAGGAGUGGGGCAUCCGCGCCGCCGACAUGUUCGCGUCGGCGACGCUGAUGCGGCCGUACGAGGGCGGCGACGGCGACUUCCGGCGCAUGAUGACGGCCGACCUCGAAGGGAUGACGCCCUCGGAGCGGCACUACGAGAUGCAGCGGCGCAUGAAGCAGGGGAUCCGCGAGAUCCUGGCCGACGAGGACAAGUGGCCCAAGGAGCUCGUCUUCAUCGGGCGCAACAUGCGCAUCGUGCAGGGCAACAACCAGUACAUGGGCAGCCCCGUCAACCGCGUCAAGCGGAUGGGCGAGUGGGCCAGCGCGAGCCUCUACGCGGACCCGUCGCGGCCGUGGCGCGAGCGCCUGGCCAACGCGUGGCGGCACGCGCUGUUCAAGGCCGUGCUGGCGGCGUCGGACGUGCUCUUCUACUUCUUCCGCGCGCGCCAGCUGCUCGGGUUCGGCGGCGGCAUGGAGGACGCCAUGGAGGCGCGCAUGAAGGACAUGGCGGCCGACUGGGGCAUGGAGCUGCAGCACGACGUCUUUGAGGGGUGA